AUGUUUUGGCAGCUCGAUGACUCCCCUGCCGGCAUUCAAGAACGAUUAGGGUGCAUAUCCAUUUCCAUCGCCACAGUCUUCUUCAACUGUAUAACCAGAGUCCCCACUUUCAUUCAAGAAAGAUAUAUCUUCAUGCGAGAAAUUUCUUACAACGCUUAUCGUCGUCCUCGGCUUAUACCCGAUGUAUUCCUCACCUUCGUUAGCGGUAUCGCCAUUAUCUUCUACUUUCUCUUCCUCUGUGGCUUCCUCGUCGCUCGAAAUCGGCUACCCAAAUACUGGGUUUGGUUACAUUAUAUCUCCUUGAUCAAGUACCCUUACGAAGCUAUUUUGCAGAACGAGUUCCUGGAUCCGAUGGAAGGCUAUGUUAUGGGGGUUCAACUGUUUGAUCAAACGACGGUUGGAACGUUGCCAGCGCCGUUGAAGAGCGAGUUUUUGGCGAGUAUGGGGCGGAUCUUGGGGAGGAAUAUAACGAUUUAUUGCCAGCGCCGGGUAGGAGGAUUAAUUGGUUUGGGGUUGUGGGCAGUGGUGGUGGGUGAGAAGGUGGAGGUGUUGGAGAACAGAGUCCAUAGGAUUAACUUUUCCCAAAUGUAA